GCCCCCGCCGCGCCGGGCAGGGCGCGCCCGCGGAGCGCACGGAGGGACCCGCAGCGGCUGCCCAGCGUGGCCGGGGAGGAGGAAAACUGGCGGCUCCCGCGGGCGAGGAUUUGAGCGGCCGGGCAAAGGCUGGCAGCGCCGGAGCCCGUUUGGGGUUUCGCCGGCGGGGAGGGAGGGAACGAGGGAGCGAAGCCGCUCGGGGUUUUUUCCUUUUUAAUCCUUUCCCCUGCUUGAGUCAGAGGCUGAAGUCACCGGCGUGCACAUCCCGAAGCUUUUCCCCCACUGCAGGGGACUGCCUGCCCCCCAAAAGGAUGCACCGACACCCGUGAGCAGGAUUUUGGGGGAGCGGAGCCACCCUGCACUGGGGCAUGAGACUGGGCGACUCAUCACACAGGUCGAGCCCCUCCGCGGCUUCCGUGAUGCUGCCGGGGAAAGCAGAGAAGAGGAUCGCUUCGUCAGUCUUCAUCACCCUGGUGCCACCGCGGAGGGAGGUGGCUGUGAAGGAGAAAACCCGAAGGGAGCUGCAGGCGGACAGUGCCGGGGUCCCGGGCACCCGUCAGCCCCGGACCCCACCGCCGCAGCCCCCUGUGCUGCCCAACGGAGAAACCCGCCCAGAGGCCCCUGUGCCUUCAUCCCCGCCCGUCCUCCUCCUCUCCAAAGCACCCCAGCCCUUGUCCGUGGAGGCGCUGGGUCCGGCGCUGCAGCAACUGGAUCUUGCAGCGCCCGCCACGCUCCAGGCCCCUUCUGCCUUCCCCGCCGAACUGAGGCCGCCCAAAUUUUGCCAGGAGCAAGCAGGCAAGCCGCAGUGGCAGGAUGCAAAUGGGUACCCGGAGAGGGACAGCUCCAGAGACAUCUGCGCCUUCUGCCACAAAGCGGUGGGACCCCGGGAGCCGACGGUGGAGGCGAUGCGGAAGCAGUACCACGCCGACUGCUUCACCUGCCGGACCUGCCACCGGCUCCUGGCCGGCCAGCGCUACUACCAAAAAGACGGGCGCCCUACGUGCGAUGCCUGCUACCAGGCCACGCUGGAGAAAUGCGCCAAGUGCCGGGGGCUGAUCGCAGAGCGCAUUGUCCGCGCCCUGGGCAAGGGCUACCACCCUGGCUGCUUCUCCUGCACCGCCUGCGGCCGGGCCAUCGGCACCGAGAGCUUCGCCGUGGACGAGCAGGACGAGGUGUACUGCGUGGCCGACUUCUACAGGAAAUACGCUGCGGUUUGCAGUGCCUGCGAGCACCCCAUUGUCCCCCGUGAGGACAAGGACACCUACAAGAUCGAGUGCCUGGGACGCAGUUUCCACGAGAGCUGCUACCGCUGUGAGAGCUGCGGGACACCCCUGUCACCGGAGCCGACGGAGAACGGGUGUUACCCCCUGGACGACCACCUCCUCUGCAAGUCCUGCCACGUCCGCCGACGAAAUGAGUCGUCUUGCUAAAAUCCCGUGGCUCAACCUCCGUCUUCCAGCACUGGACACCGAAAGGGGGGGUGCCCCUACCGGGAUGUACCCCACAACCACUCCCAGGUGCCCACUGCACCCCCAAAUUGCUGCAGGACUGGAGUUUUCAUCACUGAAACGCACCCAGGACCCCAAGCCGCUGGGCUGGCCAGGCGGAGCAGCACAGAUGUGGUGUCCUGGCACAGCUCUGUGCUCAUUAUGAACAUAAAAAGCUCCGGCAGAGCCGCGGUGGUGGAGGAGCUGAAGUUUUGUUCAUUUAUUUCUUUUUUUUUUUUUUUUUUUUUAAAUUUGUUUUCUGAGGCUGGUUUGGUUUCCUUGGGUGUUUUUUCUUUCUUCUCGAGCUUCCUUGGGGUUUCACUUAAACAUUUCUCUCUGCGGUGACACAGAGAGCGGGCACUGAUUUAGUUACUUGCAGUUAAAUAAAGCCCCAAGUUUAAAAACCCUCA